AUGAGGUUAGGAGUCUAAACAUUAUUGUAUUGUUUGUGUUGUGUCUUUAUUAUGUAGUAUAAUUUAAUAAUAACAUGAGUUCACAUAGCCAAGAAAACGAGGAGCCGACUUCUACUAAUGCCGACAUUGAGAGCGAAGCGGGUGGCAGUCAUAAUGACGAAGCAUCGCAGCUGAGGCCGCCCGCCAAGCGGCAGAAUUCAGUCGCUGUUAUAGAAAUAUCUGAUACAGAAAGCGACGACUCUGAUAUUUGCGCGGUCAAUACUUAUCAAGCGUCUGCAGAUGAAGUUAAAAGAAUUCGUAGAGCCGAAUAUUCCUCAUCGUCGUCAUCUUCCGAUUACAGCUCAGAUUCAGAAUCUCCUUGGGAGGAUGACUCCAUAGUUGUGCAGGAUAAAACAGAACCAAAACUAGAAAUAGCACAGUUGAACAUUAGAGCCAAUAGAAUGGAUGCACCAAAGUUAAACAUAGCUUUUAAGUCGGAUGAUCUUGUAGAUUCUCUGAAGUUACAUUGGAAGGAGGAGAAGGACAUGACCACCAAAGAUGUGACAUUUACUAAUGACCCGUUCAAACUGUGCCUGCUGCACAACGUCCUGGAGAAUGCCGAGAUCAUUAACAACAUUGUAGAUGAUAUGAAUACUUUGGACUGGUCUCGAAAGAAAAUGGACCUCUAUGAGUUUCAUCAGACAACCGAUCUGGCUAACUUGACUUGGCAGAGGAGUAUCCGGGGCAUAUACGAGUUGUUCAAAACAGAGUUAAUGAGUUUGGUGUCGGCGGUGACGGGGCUGGAGCUGGCGUCGGUGUCGGCGUCGUGCUCGCUGUACGGCCCCGGCGACCACCUGCUCGUGCACGACGACCGCCUCGGCGACCGCCGCGUCGCCUUUAUCCUCUACCUCGCGCCCUGGGUGCCGCGCCCACGCCCCAAACCCAAACCCAUCCAAAAUGGGGCAAACCAUAGUGAGGACGGCGUCGCGGCGGCGACUGCGGGCGGCUGGCGCGAGGACAUGGGCGGCGCGCUGCAGCUGCUGCGGGGUGCGGACGUGCGCCGGCACGUGCUCCCCGCCAACAACAUGCUCGCCUUCUUUCCCGUGGGGCCCGGCUCCUUCCACCAGGUGCUGGAGGUGACCUCCAUGGAGCUGCCGCGCCUGUCGAUCAACGGCUGGUUUCACGGGCCGGGGCCGGAGCCCGAGGCGCCGACGGGCGAGGCGCCGGCGCUGGGGCGGCCGCACGGCGAGGUGGUGCUGCUCGACCAGUGGGUGGAGAGUACGUACAUGUCGCCGCGCGCGCGGGCGCAGGUCGCGGCCCAGAUGGAGUGCGCCAGCGAGGUGUGCCUGCGGGACUUCCUGCUGCCGGCGCAGUACGAGCGCCUGCUGGCGGAGUUGCCGGGCGCGACGUGGCGGUGGGCGGAGCCGGCGCACGCGGGCCGGUACGAGGUGGCGGCGGACGCGGGCGGCGCGGCGGGCGAGCUGCUCCGGCUGGCGGGCGGCGCGGCGUGGCUGCGGCUGGCGGCGGACUGCACGGGGCUGGCGUUGACGCGGCUGGCGACGCCGCAGCUGCAGCGCUGGCGCGGCGGCGGCUGGCGCGUGCUGCCGGCACGUGAGGCGUACGCGGCGGCGCGGCUGGAGGCGGUGCUGUACCUGGGCGUGCCGGCGCACGUGCUGGCGGGCGGCGCGACGACGUACGCGGCGCCGGAGGAGGCGGGCGAGGGCGCGCUGGUGACGGUGCCGCCGGUCUCCAACGCGCUCAGCCUGGUGUACUGUGACGCGGGCGCCGCCUCCUUCACCAAGUACGUGAGCCGGCUCACGAUGAGCGAGGACGAGUGCUUCUACAUGCUGACAUGCACGUACAGCGAGUGAGUGCUCACUCACGGAGCCGCUUCCUCUACCUCCCUCCCCCCGCCCGCCUCAUAGUAUUAACUUGCACCGACGUACUCCCGGUGCGACGACAGUAAUAUAUGCAAUCUAAUUUUUUGUUGCGUGACUGUCGAGUUACACAUUUUAUUGUAUUCACCGCUCCGACGAUGGAGCCGAGUGAUCGCGCCAGCGUUUUGACUCCGUCGGCUCACCUUAAACUCGAUGCUGUACAUUGUUAAAUAAAUACACGAGUGAUUGUAUAUAAUAAUAAGUAAAUAAUAUAGUUUUAUAUACAUAGGAGCAUUCAGCAGGAGCAUUCAGACAUAUUUUUGUACACCAGAUUAGUCUCGAAAAAGUAGCAGUAGGAAAGGAACGAAAGCGAGGUAGUGGACAGAGUUUGUACUCUAUUCGAUUUAAAUAAUUGUGAACGUUCGUUAGCAACGAGCGAAUACUGUGAGUCUCUCGAUCGUAGACCGCGACGUGACUCGCGCGGCGGUCGGCAGAUCUUCCCUCGGGCUCAUUACUCAUUACUAGUAGAAUUGUCUCGAAGAUACUAUCAUUUAAUUUAUCGACAGGAUGAAAUUUGACCACAUGCAUAACAUACAUUUUACAUAAUAUAUUUUAUUGAAAAUGCAAUAAUAAUUUAGUUAUUCGGAUUGUAAAAAUAUACCACUGUUCGUAAAAAUUUACGAUUGGAGGUAAAUAAUGGGUAAGCGACUUUAGUCGGCGCGGUGGCAUUAUAGCGCGCAGUCGCACCUGCGUGUGGUUCGGCCGUCGGCAGCGACCGGCAACGAGCGCGGGGCGCGGGGGAAUCGGUGGGGGCGGCUCGAGCCUCGAGACUGCGGAUAGUUUUAUUAAACUAUUUGUGUUGUAAAUAUUUUAUGUCAUACAACAGUGUUCAAUCUG